UACAUACAUAUUUUCUUAAGUGCACACUGCUCCACACUUCUCACACAAAUCUCAGGCUAUUUGUUGUACUCAUAUUAUCUUAAAAUGCUCUUUGAAUGGUUCUCAGGGAUUAAACUAUUUACAACUCAAAUAAUGGAUUGGAGGUUUUUUAGGUCAUUAAUUUUAUAGAUAUUAAGAGAUAUAUGUAUGGUUAUCUCAGAGGUUUGAUUUAGUCACUGCAAGACACCUUGUGAUACACAGUACUUUCAUCUGGCUUGGAUUUUGAAAAGGACCGGCCGUCGCGAUGGCAAUGAAGGAAUGGUUUCGAAAGAUGCAGCCCAUCCAGCUGUACAUUGUCCUGGUAUUGACGAUAGCCUUCUUCCUAACCGAGCUGAUUGUCAGUCACCUCACCCAUGCGCUAACUCUGCUAAUGGACUCUUACCACAUGCUAUGCAACAUUCUGGCAUUGACCGGCUGCAUUAUCACCAUCAAGAAUAGUGAACCCGCGGCUCAAGACUCGGGCGACUUAAAAAAGACCCCUAGCGUGGCGAGCAGCAUAGGGGAAGAACUGAGUACCAAUCCCGACCCGUCGCAAUGUCACGAUAAGAAGAAAAAAUCCAAAUCCUCCCCCGCGAGGAAGAACCAGGAGAAGAAACUGAAGAACACGUUUGGAUGGGCCAGGAUAGACGUGAUAGUCAUGCUGAUAUGCUGUGUUCUUCUGGCUUCGCUCUCGUUCUCCAUAUUCGUGGAGGCGCUGCAGACUUUGGUUCAUAUAGACCACCACGACGCAUCUCAUCACCCCUUGUUGGUUUUAUUUAUAGGAGCAAUAGGAAUGGUCCUCAACGGAAUUUGCUAUUUACUCAUAGGUGGCUACACCUUUCAUCAAGGAAGCUUUCUGUACGUCACAGAAAGCGGCGAUGUAGUUUUAAAUAAAGUAGUGGUCAAUGACUCAAUCAGAAGGGGAGAGAGAAGACUGUCCAGGACGAAGAAUAUCCAUUCCACUAUCUUGCCUCCAAAGAAGAGGCAAGGGGUGUGGGAGAUGACUAGAGAUAUUAAUGGCUGUGUUUUGGUGAUAAUAUGUUCCUUGAUGAUUUUUUUCACGGACAAAGAUAUAGCGAAAUACAUCGACCCUUUAAUGUCGUUGGUUUCUGUGACGAUUAUAAUGGUUUUGAGCUAUCCCUACAUGAAGGAGAGCGGUCUUAUUUUGCUUCAGACCAUCCCAGCUACCAUAAACAUCCACUCUCUUAAAGCGGAACUUUUAACUCACUUCCCUGACAUCGUCAACGUCCACGAUUUUCACGUAUGGCAGCUAACAGCGUCGAAAGUCAUUUCGACGGUUCACAUAAUUUUCGAAAAUCCGAAGGUCUACAACAAAAUCAUGGAGGAAGUGAAGGAGUUCCUUAUUGAAAAGGGCAUCACUCAGGUGACUAUCCAGCCGGAGUUUUUCGCGGAAACCGGAAGCACGGAGAGUUUGAAUUCCAAUAAAUUCAAACCUGAAUGUUUGAUGGCUUGCCAAGGACCAGGAUGCAAGCAAAGCCAUUGCUGUCCAAAUUAUGAGGAGACCAGUAUAUUCAAAACUCCCUCCAAGGAGUUCCUUCAAGAGCAAAAUCUUCCCGAGCUAAAGUCCGUCAGGGUCAUAGACCCGGAACUGUCGGUUCCUUCCAGUAUGCAUCCUAGUUGUAGUGGAAGUAGCACCAGCAGUGUGAAAGUGGAUGAAGACAUUACCACCACCAAAGACAAAACAGGUUCCUCGAACAAUGUCUGCCCAGAAGCUAGUGUACAAGACAGUAACACACUUAGUAAUAAUGUAAAUAGUCCUUCAAACGAUGUAGAUCCAAAGGAUACUGUAGAAACAAUAGAAGAUGCAUCUGUAGUGUGACAAACUGUAAGACUAAUUAAAAACAUUGUCGAAUAUUUUAGAGAUCCUUUACUUGGCUGUGCUAAUUUUAGCGUGAUAAUUAUUUAGAAGUCAAUAUAUAGUUAUUUAAAUCGAUUUUUAAAGGACGAGCAAAGUUUUCAAGAGAAUUGAUAAGUAUAAGAGGAUGAUAAAAAGUGAAGCUGCAGAUAAAUGUUUUCAAGGCUCAGAUAUAUUGUUUGUCAAGAAACGAAUGCUUGUCAUAAUGACAGGCAGGUUAAAGACUAAUAAAGUUUUAACAAUAAUUUAUGAAUCUGAGAUUCAUGUAAUUUAAUAUAAAUGAAUAUGUGGGUACAGCUCAGUUCAUUUUCUACUCAGUUUAAAAAAAUAUAUAUGAUGACAAAUCUUUACAUCAACUUUUAAAUUCUUUGACAGAAGUUUAUAUUAAUUUAACGGCUAAAUCAAACUGUGAUUACUUUGUUGAGAAAUACAAUAGGUACAUUGCAUCGAUAAACACUAAGGGAUUCCUCAGGGAUCUAUUUUGAGUUCUUUCAAAUGUAGAGAAGCUAGCUUGUCGCGGAAUCUUUAAAUUUUAUAUAUUUAGACUAAUGUUAGUAUAGUUUUAUAAUACAGUAAUUUUAUAUUUGGACCAGUUCGUCUGCCUUUAAAAUAAAGGUAAACUUUACGGUUUUUAUUUUAGUUCUGUAAUUUUAAAUAGUAAUUCAAAAUUUUAAACAUGUUUUAAUAUCUUUUAAUUUAGAAAAUAUAAAUAGGACCUAACUGACUAAAUAUAAUUAUUUAUAAUAAUCUGCAAUGGAUAGAAAAAUGCAUAUAAUAUUUCAAUAUUAAUGACACAGUUCAAUUUAGAUCCUUACUGACGACUGCAAACUACCUAAUAGUUUCAUGCACCACUGCCACUGAGAUUCGCAUAGACGACGAUUAUAAUUACAAUAACUUUGCGACUAAAAGUACAAAAUAAUUUCUAGUGUUACGAAUUCGUAAAAACGUUGUUAAUUAUGUUUAUUGACAAUAAAAAUUAUUAUUUAUA